AUGAUCGGUGAUAGCGUCUACGACGACCACUCUCUCUCCCCCAACCCUAAUCUCUGCAUCACGAUCGAAGAUGGGUCUCAGAGCAGCGACCACCUUGUUGAUGAUCUCGAAACCGACCUCGACCUUGAAAAUGAUUGCGAUGGAUUGCUUGAAAUUGAGAGUAACCACCUCGAAGAAAGCGAUACUUUCCCCGACGACUCCCGAGGAAAAUGUUUGAUGCCUCCUGCUUCGGGAAUGGAGUUCGACUCUUACGAUGAUGCCUACAGUUACUACAAUUCCUACGCCAGGGAGCUCGGUUUUGCUAUCAGAGUCAAAUCUUCAUGGACCAAGCGUAACAGCAAGGAGAAACGUGGUGCUGUCCUCUGCUGCAACUGCUAA